CCAGUGUUGCCUGGUUGGGAUUUUUACGAUUUAUUCGCCGAUUCCGCUUCAAUCGAUCGGCUUCGAAAUGACAAACGUCUGCUUGUCGCGAGUUCAUUCCGCCCCCCUACAGAUUCCGAGAAGUCACAGAUCAACUGUCCUAUUUUUAUUAUUCGUGACCUUCCAUUGUGUGCUAUGGUGAUAACCUGGCAUCGAGAGUGGGAGUUUAGUUCAGGAACGGUAAAAAUAUUCUUCACUUUGAUCCAGUUCAGCAGCUUUUUUAUAAAACUAUCAGCAGAACAGCCAGGUCAUUUUUGGCAGCUGACAGAUCUUCAUUGGGAUCAGCGAUACAGCACAGAUGGAGACCCAGGAUCAAUGUGCCAUGCAAAUGAAGAGCACAAGCUGCUCUCAUCUGCCAAGUCUGAUUCCAGUGAUUAUAUAAGUGCUGGUCAGUAUGGGAUGUACAGCUGUGAUGCCCCUUGGGAUCUCAUUGAAUUUUCAAUCAGAGGAAUGGCUGAAAACUCUGCUGCUCCCAAUUUUAUCAUUUGGACUGGAGACAAUACUCCUCACGUCAAAGAUCCAUCUCCUGACUGGUCAGUGAUUUUUUCCUCUCUUCGUAACGUCAGCAACGCAAUAAGAAAAAACUUUCCCAACACCACCCUAAUUCCUGUGCUUGGAAAUCAUGAUGUGUUUCCUGAAGACCUUUAUCCAGCUGAAGCUGAAGCCUUUUAUCACGCAUAUUUGACAGAUGGCGGUUGGAACGAACUUUUAGACAAGCAAGCGCAAGAGUCCUUUGGGAAAUGCGGAUUCUAUUCGCUUAACGUAACGCCUGAAUUAAAGGUUGUCAUCCUGAACACAAACUUGUACAAUGAACCCAACAAUUUGACUCGCAACCAAGACGAUCCUUGUGGGCAGCUGAAAUGGUUUGAACUUCAACUUGAGGAAGCUCAAUCAAAGAAGUCCAAAGUCCUCAUUGCAGCCCAUAUCCCGCCUGGUUAUUUCGAGAGAUGGAUAGGACCGCCAUUUUUUAAUCCUGGUCAGAAUGAUCGCUACGUCCAGCUUAUUCAAAUUUAUGGGGACGUUAUUCUAACUCAAGUUUACGGCCAUACCCACACCGAUUCUUUUCGCAUUAUUGCCAACAACCAAAGCCAAGUGAAAAGUGUAGCCUUCGUAUCGCCAUCGGUAACACCCUGGCUCCACACGGGUGGGGUCAAUCCAUCCCUGAGGCUUUACAGCUACGAUUCGGACGGAAUAAAAGACUAUUGGCAAUAUUAUUUCAACUUAACCGGAAUGGCUGUAAAAACACAGGCAACUCCUCAAUGGCAACUACUUUAUCAAGCUACAGUUGCUUAUGGCGUGAAAGAUCUCAGUCCGGCGAACAUGUUAUCGAUCUACCGAGACAUGUUGUCAGAUCCCAAAGUCUUCGAGCGCUACUACUUCUUCAACACAGUGGGGCACGUAUUUCAGGAUUGCGACGCCGCCUGCAUUCGAGAUCACAUCUGCACCAUCUCUCACCUGAUGGUCAACGACAUGAAGUCUUGCCUGGACGGAAAACACGUCCUAUUCCGCAAUGAUCCUACCAUGACCGACCAUUUUCUGAAAAUCGCUCAGCGGGCCAAGGUCGCUGAGAAUGGGAGCCUGAUUUUGACGUUAUUCCUAUCGGCGCUGGCAUUGAUCUGCAUUGUGAUAGCCACCUCCAUUUUCGUCUUACGUCGACGACGAGUCUAUAAUUCCCGUGUUCGUGCGUCUCAAGAACCGUUGUCACCUCGCCCUCGGCAGUCCGAUUAUAGUCCCAUAAUCUCGCAAGAUGAAAAUGCGUGAAAGUUGUUUGCAUUUAAUUUUAUUAUUUUGCAUUUUAACUUUUGAAACUUAUUUUUUUCUCUUUCAGCUACUGACAUAUUUUUCUCUUAUUUUUAACUUUUUAGCUGUGUAACAACAUUUCACCGUGUUUGACGUAAAUAGGAUUUUGUUCCUGUUUUGUUUCGAAAUGAAGAUACAAGUGGCCUUUUUUGUUUCA